CCUUGACCCUGGAAACCCCGUGGCCACACAGGCAUUGGUGGAUCCCAUCCCAGACAUACCCUGUCCCAGGAGGUCACACCUGUUCACCCUCUGGGUGGCUCUGGGGCUGCUGGUGGUGGGAUGCCUCCGUCUCAUCCCUUCUGGGUUCCAACAGGCUGCGUCCCCUGAGGUGUCCAUCUCCGUACAUCCUGGUUGGGUUCCUGGUUCACCAUGGACCUGAUGAAGAAUGCAAGGCGAUGGAAGCUGCCUGCAGCACUGGACAUGUACAAGAGUAUGUACCAGAAGGACUUUUGCUGGCACAACACCUACGAGCCACCCAACCAGGAGAACGUACCGAUAACUUCAUACCAUCCUACUUCAGAUGGCUACGUACCAAGGUGCUACCUACCCAAGUCCGAGCCUCCCAUCCAAGCGACACCAGGCCGGUCAGGGAAACUGGAGAUCCUCUCUGAGCCGCAGGAAGGGCUGCUCUGUUGUUGCCGGGAUCUCCCACCUCCUGCUCCAGCAGCCGGAACAGAAGGGACGAUGCUGCACAGGGAGAAAGUGUCCCCAGGCUUGGUCUCCUACGUGCAAUUCACCCGGGAUUUGUACCGGGAAAGGCUGGACAAUGCUGAUCAAUACAAAAACAAGAUGCUGGGCUCAUCUGUUGUGAUGGAAGACUGCUCUGUACCUGACUGGAGAAGUACCUACCAGCUGGAUUUCCCACGCCGGACAGGAGUCCAUGGUGGAUUAUACACAGAGCAGACGAGGCCUUCUCCCGUUUUCCCUGCAGACAGCCGCCUCAACCAGGGCCGCUGGGUAUCUGAGUAUGCAGACAACUACAGUGUUUUCUUGAAGAAGCUGGACUGGUCCACUCCAAUCCCUUGUCCAUGGAUGCUGUCUGGGAAGGAUAUGCGAUGGAGACCGCGAUGCACACCACGAUGCCCUGAGUGGUGCUAAGGUGGCCAUGCUCCUUGGCCCUCCAAGCUGCCUGUAAUAUUGCUCAUCCAAGACCCUGAAAGCCUGGAAACCUCCUCUCUUCCAAACCAUGUCUAUCAGAUGUGAAACGUAUGGCAAAGACCUCUUUAAGUGCAAAUUAUCAUUAAAAUCUCCCAAGAACCUCA